AUGGAUGUAAACAACAGCCCAGGCUACAUGGAUGUAAACGACAGCCCGAGCUACAUGGACGUAAACACCAGCCCGGGCUACAUGGACUUAAACAACAGCCCGAGGUACAUGGACGUAAACACCAGCCCGGGCUACAUGGACGUAAACACCAGCCUGGGCUACAUGGACGUAAACACCAGCCUGGGCUACAUGGACGUAAACAACAGCCCGGGCUACAUGGACGUAAACACCAGCCUGGGCUACAUGGACGUAAACACCAGCUUGGGCUACAUGGACGUAAACACCAGCUUGGGCUACAUGGACGUAAACAACAGCCCGGGCUACAUGGACGUAAACACCAGCUUGGGCUACAUGGACGUAAACACCAGCCUGGGCUACAUGGACGCAAACACCAGCCUGGGCUACAUGGACGUAAACACCAGCCCGGGCUACACGGACGUAAACAACAGCCCGGGCUACAUGGACGUAAACACCAGCUUGGGCUACAUGGACGUAAACACCAGCUUGGGCUACAUGGACGUAAACACCAGCUUGGGCUACAUGGACGUAAACACCAGCCUGGGCUACAUGGACGCAAACACCAGCCUGGGCUACAUGGACGUAAACAACAACAACUGGCGUCUCCGCCAAUCAGCUGCGACUUGUGUUAUGUCAACACACAUUCACAAUUGCCGCAAUUUUUUUUAUAUGAAUAUAUUUCCGAAGUAA